GCUGGGAUGAUCUUUGCAGUGACGUCCCCACCAGGGUUCAAAAUCUGGGAGGGUCGAUACACGCCAAUCGCUGUCAAAGUCGGUUCCUGGCUGAAAACAGGCUACGCUUUUGCUCCCGCAGCUUAGACCGAAAUGAGCAAAUCAGCUGCAAACCCACUCUGACCCGCGCCCGCCAAAGCCCACGCCCCCAGCCACAUCCACCUGGACAUUCACAUUCACCAUUUCUAUCCUCACUCACUCUCCACCAUCCUCCGUACGCUUCGACCACCCGUUCGCCAAACUUUUGCUUUUGUGUGUGUGUUGCAACUAUGCUCAAAGUACGACGCGACACAGACACAAGGUCUCCGUCUCCGAGCGCCAUCUGUCGCACUAUCUAACACCAUCGAACAAUGUCAACCGAGGACGAGCUCGAGUCCUUGAUAGGUCGCAUUCCAGAAUGUCCCUCAUUCUCCCCCCGAACGCCAGACCUCCGCUGUUGUUGCGGCCAAGACAGUUGCGCAUACCUCAAGCACAACUGUCUUGCUUUGGAUGACCUCGAAAAAGAAGUGCGGACGGCCGCUACUUUGGGUCAGGCUUUGCUCGUGAGGCAUGAACAGUAUAUGCAUGAUGCCGAGCGCGAUCGACUCGAGAUGAACGCCAAGAUCGAGAAGUUGGAAGCGGACAAGAAGGAGUUGGAGAACGAGAAUGCGAAAACGAUCGAGGAGAAUCGCGGCUUGUUGGAUCAGUUGGAAAGUGUGAAUGGGACACUUACUGAGUCGGAAGCUCAUGUCAAGUCUUUGGAAGCUACUUUGCAUGCCACGCGCCUGGAACUGCGACGGCUGGAAACAUUGGCUUCCAAGACUCUUGAUCUGGAAGCGCAGUUUGCAGCUUUGGAGUUGGAGCAAGAGGUGUUGCAGAAGACUGUUACAACAACCCAGAAGGAGGAAAGAUCUGCAGUACAGAGAUGGAGAAAGGCCGAGCGAAGGUUGAACGAUCUUCAGGAGCAACUGGAGAGGAUUGAGCGCGAGGCCACGGAGGAGAGGGAACGCCAUGUUGAAGUGAUGGGACGAAUGGAACGGCAGAGGGCCGUCGAAAGAGAGCUGGACACGGCAGCCGGAAGAUUGAAAGGCGCCGCUGCAUACACGGCCGGUAACGGGAAGCACGGCAGCAGUGUUGUGUCACACUUCGUCAAGGACAUCUUGCAGGACAAUGCCAACCUCCAGAUGGGCAUCGUGGAGUUGCGGGAGAUGUUGAUGAACUCCAACGAUGAAGUGCAAAUGUUGAGAGAACAGCUACUGAUACAUCAGCCUGUCAUCGAAGACAAAGGAGAUGGAAGUGGACCACCAACUUUGAGAGCAGAACUCGGACCCAAGGAUCCGGAUGAGACUGGUAACAAGGUCGAGCCUCAAGUCGUAUCCCAGGCUCUGCAUAUCCAUCACCACUACCAUGCACCAAAGAAAGAAGAGAUACGUCGACCAAAGAAGAAGAGGACAUCGCUCAACACUGCACUGUUCACGCCACCAAGGCAUAUGCAGUCCCCGAGGACUUCAAGAGACGUUGCGAAUGCGAUACUGUCGCAAACCUCAGUUACAGUUCCUUCACCCGUCACCCCAACUAAUCGAUGGUCGAUGCAAUCUGCUCAAAUGUCAGACUUUGCGCCUUCUUCAGUACCAAGUUCGCCACGCUCGUACAGAAAUAGUGCCCUUUUCGACAGAUAUGACUUUGACUCUUCCAGACCGACAUCUCCAGGAUCCAGUGUCGAUCCCAUGUCGCCACAAUUUCAACCUCAAUUCCACAAGAAGCGCGCAUCCGAGGUAUCGACGCGAGGCUUUGCGGCUCCUUCAAACUUCCAGUCUCAUGUCAUCCAUGAAGAGGAAGACGGAGACGUUGAGGAUAUUCCUGACUUGCAAACACCAAGCAUGCCAUCACUGGACGACGAGACUACUCCUUCCGAAGUCUCUCGACAGUCAGAAGCUGACUCUCAAGAGAGUAACUGGACGUCGAGCUUCCAACCAACUCUCAGGCGUACCUCGUCUCACGAAUCUAUCUUGUCAAUAUCCGGUAUCGACAUACAUACCCUCAAGUCUCGGCCCUCUCAAAUGACGAUCACCGGCGACAGCCUCCUAUUUCGACCACGAACUAGACUUGGGACUCCAUCGACAAUUGUAUCAAUGGAGACUAUCACAGGCGCAUCCAUGAUCACGGCUCGACCGACCUUGUCUCGCCAAGGACAUAAUAGCACAUCUUAUUUGCGAUCCACCGUACUUGGCAAUAACAGCGAUGCUCGGUCCAUCUCGUCCUCGGGAUCGAACGAAGGCACCACACCGAAGACUGGUGGUUGGCUAUUCAGUCGAUGGGGCGUCAGUCCUGUGAAGUCUGUCGCAGACCUAAGAGCGCCUCCUCCAGCAUCGCCAGCAUCUCAACAAAGAACUGUGAGCACUCCUGUUGUUGACCCGCUGAAGGCAUUCAUGGGACGAUCUCCUGGAAUCAAUCAAAAGGGUCCGAUUCCAGGCUUCAUCAAGAAAGUGGAGAGGGCGCCGAGCAAAGUGACUACUGGAGCAGUGGACCACGAUGCACUGAAGGAAGUGCUUAUGGAAGGUUGAUUUUUCAACGACACGUUGUAUGAUUUAAGACAUUCACUACGAUAAUUUUGUCUCUACUUUGCGACACGUUUGGUCAUAUAGGCGGCGUUUGGGAUGGAUGGAACGCGGCAAGGAUACCCAUGUACUGAAUUAUGUAUUGUAGAAUGUCAGAUAAUUUAAUUUCUAAAUCUUCC